AAGAAUGAACCUCCCCCUCAACCCUUUCUGUCCCCUCCUUCCCCCAACGAAUAUGCCGACAAACACUACCUUUCCGCAGCAUUUUUUAAGGAUCGGUACUACUAAGCCGCAUCGCACACAGCUUUUGAAUUAGAAUAUAAUUAAGGCCGGGCUUCCGUCACCCGCUGUGGAAGCGCGCUCGCCAUGGGGCGCCGCAUCGGCAUGGGCCCGGACGGCGCGGGAAACCUUUGGCUCGGCGCGCUGUUCGUGCUGACGUGUCUCGCCGCGGUUUUUCCCGUCCGCUGUGCGCCCGACGCCGCCUCCCAAAUGCAAUUCCUGCUGGAUUUCCAGCAGGCGUCGGGGGGGACGUUUCCUGGGUGGGUGGCUGGGGGAAACUGCAGCAGUGCCGCGAAUGUGACUUGCGAUGCCCGGGGAAUGGUCACCAGCAUGAAUCUGCGUGCUGUGGGAUUAACUGGAUCCAUCCCAUCUACCAUCAGCAGCAUGGUCAGCCUGACCCGCCUAGAUCUCAAAUGGAACAAGCUUCGUGGCUCCAUGCCCUCAGGCAUUGACAAUCUCCGUAAUCUGUGCUACUUGGAUCUGGGCUAUAACGCCUUGACUGGGUCAGUUCCAUCUACAAUUGGCAACAUGAGCAGCCUCACUUACCUGAAUCUGGGCUACAACAACUUGACUGGGUCGGUUCCAUCUACGAUUGGCAACAUGAGAAGCCUCAGUUACCUGAAUCUGGGAUGGAACACCUUGACUGGGUCCAUUCCUUCUACUAUCGGCGACAUGAGCAGCCUCACUACCCUAGAUCUAGGCUCAAACUUCAUCUCCGCCAUCCCAGAGACUCUUGGAGGGCUCCUCAACCUGAGAAAUCUAUACCUGAACAACAACAGCUUGAGUGGCAGCAUUCCAGACUCCAUCACCACGCUCGUAAAUCUUCAAGCAUUGGAUCUAAACUCGAACCUCCUCUCGCAUACCAUCCCAGGGUCCAUCGGGAGCCUCACUAACUUGCAGUCAUUAUCCCUUCACAACAAUAAUUUAAGUGGCAGCAUUCCAGACUCUAUCAGCGAGCUCGUCCCUCUUAUAUCUCUAUGGCUAUACAACAACAGUCUAAGUGGCAGCAUUCCUGACUCCAUCAGCAAGCUCGUAAAUCUUGGAUGGCUUUUGGUCGGCCACAACAGACUCACUGGACGUAUCCCUCCAACGAUAAGCAGCCUUACCCGUCUAUUUUUCCUUAAUGUCAGCGGAAACAACCUCAGUGGCCAGCUCCCCACAGCAAUGGGCAGCCUUACUGGACUUUACUUGCUUGAUGUCAGCGGAAACAACCUCACUGGCCAGCUCCCCCCAGCAAUGGGCAGCUUUUUUGGUCUGAUACUCCUGAACAUAUCUGACACAGCAAUCACAUGCCCACGUAACAACAGCAGCUGUGUGGUCCCACAGACUACUUUAAGCGCCCUCUGCAAAAAUUGCCCUUCUUUCUGCUCCACCUGUCGCAAGCCACCACCCGCACCUCCGUCCCCAUAUCCACCACCCUCCUCCCCCUCUCUACCCUCACCUUCCAUCUCCACUCCUCUCUCUCCCUCUCAACAACCACCUUCCACCACGAUCAGCACACCCUCUCCACCUCCUCCGAGUCAAACCACAAUGUCUUCCUCCCAGUCUGAAGGGGGGCUGUCAGUGGGCGCCAUAGCUGGCAUUGCUGCUGCUGGCGGUGUGGCUAUCCUUGGGCUGCUGCUGCUGGGUCUGAUGGUAUUCAAGAGGCGGCGCACCAAAGGGGCAGCGACUAAAAGACGUACUGGAGUGGAUGUGAGGGGCAAGGAUUUGGCAAUGGAAAAUGCACUCCAAGAACCGGUGUUACCAGAAGAACCAUACACGUCAGAGUAGAGGGACCCGGAAGCAGCAGCAGCCGCAGCAGCAGCAGGGGUGUAACUUUUUAAGUCCCCGAAGCUACUUUAGACUGCGGAUUAUGCACCGGAUGCUUUGAUGCUUCGCUUGACUUGCCCUAUUCUAUUUUGCACUGUCAUGCACAGUCCUUUGUUUUCGCCAGGUGUUCGUAGAUCUGGUGACCUACUGCUAGGGAGGAGAGUUUCGGGGCACAGGCAAACAGGGUUACGUUACAUCUUGCCUUGACAAUUAAAACCCGCUUCCCAAAUUAUUAAAACACAGUUCGUAUGAAAACUAGGUGGGGUUAUACGAAACAAGGGGGAUCAUUGCGAGGGACAA